AUGAAAGGGGAAAAUCUUGGACAUCACUGGGAGCUACUUCAGUCACUGCUACCACUUUACCAAGCACUGACAACGGUGGAAUUGGGGGAUGGACGAUCAACUCUUCUCUGGACGGAUGUCUGGAAUGGCGACGAGGCGUUGGAAGAUCAUCUUCCACGGCUCUUCUCCCAUUGCACCAGGAAAGAUUCAACGGUGCAGCAAGCUAUUAACUCCAACCUUCAUGGCUGCUUUGUAAAUCGAAUGUCAACGCAGGCAAAUGAUGAGUUGCAGCAGCUUAAGGUUAUCCUCCAACAAACCCAAUUGACGGAUCAACCGGACACACGGUUGUCGGCAUUUAGUCGGACGAAGGACAAGCUCGACACCUCGGCCAUCUACAGGCUACUCAAAGCCCAAGGACAUCAAGAUGACCCCUCUUCGGCUUUUAUCUGGAAGAACGCGACGCCACCUCGGGUUCAGAUGUUCUUCUGGCUACUCCUCGAGGCGUAA